GUGGAAUCAGAUUGCGAUUAUAUUCAAUUUCUCACAACAAAAUUGACUAUUGAUGUAAUUUUCAGAGCCACUUUACUUUUACUUGUACUUGCUUCAUCUUGUAUUGAUUCUGCUCGAGUUCAAUGA